AUGCUCUCUUAUACGUGUCUUUUGUCACUCCCCGUGCUUGCUCUGGCUCGAGAUCAGAAGGCCAAUGCCAGCAGCGUUGCGAAUCCCGUGCAUGGGAAUUUGGAAAUACCAAUCGGCGCUCUCACAAGUGCCUGGACACACCCUCCACACUGCGGCAAAGCGAACGACACCGAGGUUUGUGUAUUCACAAACAGCUACUUCGGGAAUGGCCAGGGAAUCUCCAUCCUUGCGGACGCAAAGGACAUGGCAGAGAUCGAUUGGAUCGAGCGGUUCGCAGAAGCCAGCAACCAGGAUGCUAUCACCCGAACAGAGGGAAUCCGGGCAGCCCUGAUACCUGGCAAGGGGAUGGGCAUGGUGUCUGACCGUGUAAUCGGGAAAGGCGAAAUUGUCAUGUCCUCGGUUCCUCAUGUUGUAGAACAUGACGCGGCACAUCAUAUCGACCCAAACACCUUAAGCGAGUUGCGGGACAUUGCUGUUGAGCGCAUGGGUAAAGAGCAGCAGACGAUGUUCCUUGCGCAGCAUAGGCAAUGGGGUGGACACCAUGCGAGUGACAUCAUGAUCACCAACUCAUUCCUUUUCAAGGGAUUCGGAGGAUUGCCCGGGGGAAGUAACGCGAACUUUCCAGAAGUCUCCAAGCGCUUCAACCAUGCUUGCCGUCCUAAUAUGGGUUAUACAUUUGACGCCGAGACGCUCACUCAGUCUCUGGUGGCCGUUCGCACCAUCCAUCCGGGUGAUGAGCUCACCAUAACAUCUAUUGAGUCUAUGCUUCUCCACGAGGAAGAGAAUCUAACUGGAUACCCAUUGGCUGCAGCCUUCUAUAUGGUAAAGGCCGCUGCUGAGGCACAUGGAAUACAAUCUUUGGCCACGAAGUAUGGCCAGAUGGCCAUAAUUGAGCAGUACGGUGAACGUUACGAGGAGGCAAUGGUGCCGGAGGACAGGCAUGCAAAGGAUCAAGAAACGCAAGAUGGAACAGAGGAGCGUGGAAGGAACCAAAAUGGCAAGGAUGAGACUGAUGAUGAAGGCCACCCCCAGGAAGAGUUGGAUCUUGGCCCAGCGCAAGCUGUCAUGCAUCAAGUAGGCGAGGCUACCAUCAACUCGCCGAUGUAA